AUGAUGAAUAAGUCUUUGAGGCCAUUCACCCUAAUCGUCCCAGGCGGCCUUACGCCCGCCUCCAUCUACGACCCGCUCGUCGAGGAGGUAACAAAGAGGGGCCACAACAUCCGCGCCGUACCGCUGCCAAGCGUGCGGCUGCCCUCAGAGGCCGGGCCCGUCAGGGAACCGCCCACCAUGUACGAGGACGCCGCGCACAUCGCCAAGGAGAUCGAGGCCCUUGCCGACGCCGGCAGGGACGUCAUCGUUGUCUCGCAGUCAUACGGUGGCGUGCCCGCCACCGAGAGUGAACACGGCUGGAUAUUUUGCACGGACCCCAUCCAGGCCGCCAGCCUCACAAUAGGGGAGGAGCUGCCGGAGGAAGGCCAGCGCCUGGCUAGCAGCCUGGCGUACCAUUCCUCCACUAGCUUCACCAACCCACUGACGUACGCUGGCUACAAAGACGUUGCUGCUUCUUACCUGUUCUGCGAGAAGGAUAUCCUCAUCCCGCCUGAAAGCCAGACUGAUAUGAUAGAGCUGAUCGAGCGCGAGAGUGGGAAUAAGGUCGAUGUCAUGAGGGUCCAGGCUGGCCACGCCCCUAACAUCACGGCAUUUGGGGAGGUCGUGGAUUGGAUUGUGCUCAUGGCGGAGAAGGCUAUGGCUGACAGUGCUAGUGAGAGCUGA